AUGAACCCCGGGCGCAGCAACGACGGGCCACCCUCCUCCUCCGCCUCCAUCGCCCUCGCCCUCCCCUCGCCGUACCACCCGAUCCUCGUCCCCGGCGACUCCCGCACCGGCAUCCUGCCCGUCAUCCCCCCCGACUCCGACGACUUCCCCAGCCGCGCCCCCCGCAGCAACGCCGCCACCGCCGCCUCCGCCGCCUCCGUCCGGGCCCUCAGCGCGCAGCUCGUCGCCUUCUACUUCCGGGCCCCCGCCAAGGCCUUCUUCCGCACGCGCGUCGACUACCUCGCCUACGCGCGCACCAUCCACAAUGCCCACACCGAAGCCCUGACACGCGCCGCCGCCGGCAGCCGGACGCAGACGUGGCUGCACACCGCGUGGCUGUGGGCGCGCAGCACCACGCCCGGCGUGCUCGCCUCGGCGGUCCGCCACGAGGGCUGGGGCAUCAUCCCGCACCAGGUGCUGCCGCCGCUCGUCGCCAACGUCGGCGUCGGCGCCGUCCUGUACACCAGCUACCUGCACGUGCUCGGCCGGCUGCACGAGGGCAGCGGCCGCGCCACCAGCCGCGUGUACCCGCCGCCCUCGCCGACCAGCACCUUCACCGCGGGGCUGCUGGCCGGCGCGCUGCAGAGCGUCGUCGCCGCGCCGCUCGACGCCCUGCAGGCGCGCUACGACCACAACGACCUGCUGCGCGGGCAGGAGGGCGGCCGGCCGCAGAGCAUGUGGCGCUUCGGCGCGGAGAAGCUGCGCGAGAUUGGCCUGCGAGGCAUCUUCGCCGGCUGGGGCCUGUCGCUGGCCAAGGACAGCGCGGGCUCGGCCGUCUUCUUCAGCGUCUUCGAGUACGUCAAGGCGCAGGGCUACUACCGCUUCGUGACGUGGUACUACGGCGGCCUCGGCAAGGACACCGUCGACCUGCUGGCCACGAAGCGACCGACCGGCGAGCGCGACGCGAGCGCGACGACGACCCUCAUCCGGCCGCACUACGCCAUCGAGCCCAUGUUCCUCCUCGCCGCGGGCGUCGCUGCCUCCUUCGCGCAGCAGCUCCUGCUGCACCCGCUCACCCACUUCCAGGUGAAGCACUGGGACCACCUCGAGGACCUCGACGCCCAGGCGCAGCGGUACCGCGCCUCCGCCGCCGCCGCGCAGCCGGACGGGGGGCCCAGGACUCCGCGCUUCCGCAUGAUGCGCGCGUACUACCGCGCGUACCGGGAAACGCUGGCUGGCUGCGCCGCCGAGGCCGCCGCGGAGGGCACGUCGCUCGGCCGCUGGCUGUACCGCGGCUUCUGGUGGAACGCGAUCCGGCAGGUGCCCAGCACCAGCGCGGGGCUCAUCAUUUUCGAGCUGAUCCGCCGAAAGUAUGGCUUCGGCGCCGACGAGGUGCGCAUCACCAAGGACGGGUACGACAUCUUGCUGCAUUAG